UUUUGCAGUGAUGGCUUUCAAGUUCAAAAGUCAGUGGGUCAACUUGAGAAUCAGUGUUGCCAUAGUAACUCUGCUCCUCAUUUGCAUAACAGUACUAAGGUACAGCCAGGUGGAGCACAGAGAGAAGCGAAGUAUUCUAGCAUCAACAGAGAUUCCAGUAGAGUACAUUGACCCUGCUUCCAUAGACCUCGCUCCAUUAGUAAACACACUUAUCAAUGCUACACACACAGGUUCCCAGCAUCUCUUCUCUGUGCUGAGCGUGACGUCACACAGUUCUCUAGCACUGCACAAACUCACCCUGCUGGUCUACAACAUUUCUGAUUUCCAGGACAUUGAGAAGAAUGGUGUGUUCCCUAUGAGAUACUGCUACUGCGUGACAAACAAAACCAAUGACCUUACAGAUUUUACAGCAAUCCUGUUGGAUGUGAUGGGCAACUCAACCACCUAUUUACAGGAGCUUUUCAAAUCCAGCUCUAUUCUCUCAGUUAGCCAGAAGAACAGCUCAGACUGCAUCUACAUCUGCGUAAUGGCUGGGAAAACAGACAGAGAUCUGUCACAGCUGUGGGAUUCUGUUCCUCCUCUCUUCAACCACACCGUUAUAGAAGAAACACACAAAGAUCUGCAGCCUCUGCCCUCAGGUCCAGGAGAAACUUCAUCUCCUGCUCUCAGUACAGGUACUUUGCCUCCUGCUAUUUCUACAGCAACUCAACCCAUCAUGGCCGCCAUGACAUCAUCUACAUCUACUGGAGUUCCUCCUGUUUCUGAGCAUUCCAGUACACUCUGGCAAACUGAACAAUCGGUCGUUCACAUGACAACCAGUCCAUCACCUGUUCCCAUUACAACAGUGAUGAGUACCACUGAAAGCAAACCAGCAACUGUUUCUGCUAGCGUUAGCAUGACCACAUCACAGGCUGUACUCACAACCAAUCAGGUAACGACUUUGAUAACGACAAGACUCACUGCUGUACCAACAGUACCAACAGCUCUUCCCACAACAGCCAGAGGAACUACGGUCCCCGUGCCAGCGGAGCCAUCAACCACGCUAAUGUCCAGCGCUGUUACCAGGCAACCGUCACGCACCUUUGUUUCCAGGACAGCCACGCCCUCUUCCAUUCCUUCAACAGCAAUAACGACACCCACUACUCUCCCAGUGACUACCCAGCAACCUGCUGAUACCACUACAACCACUCCAGCUACCACCAAAGCCCCAGCAACAGAGAAACCAGGUUGCCCGUGGAGAUCUGAGCUUUUCUACAGAGGAAGUCAGAGAGAGGACGUUAACGAAGCUCUGCGUGAGGACCUGAGAGGAAGCAGCCCGACAGUCAGCGCUGUGAAGCUGCAGCCAUGUGUCUUUGAGCUCUGCAAGUUCUUCUCCCAGUGCCUCUGCAGAGGAUACAGCCACAGAACAUCACUGCAGAGUUAUUGUAUAGACAGCCAUUUCUGGUAUGAAAGGCACACAGUGGAGGUCUGCAGUCGUGUGAGAAGAGUGGCCUUCUCCAGAAAUCUGAAGCAGAAGUGUUUGGCAAGGAUGUGUGUGAAGAUGUGAGAAGAGUGAGACUCUUCUGCCAGACUGUUACACAGCUCCUGAUCAAAAACCUGAAAUAUAAAUGUUGUGUGUAUAAAAGAAAGCAAGAAUGAGAGAGAGAAAAAGAAUGAUACAAUAAAGAGAAAAAAAGAGAGAGAGAGAGAGAGAGAGAGAGAGAGAAUGUGUGUGUUUGUGCUGACUGUAUUACAUAUUAUUUUGUUCCACUUAAUCAGAAAUAAAUAAAAAAACACAGUCAAACACAU